GUUUACAGCCUGAGCAAAGCAGGACCCGAGUCCCAUUGCAGCAGCAGCAGCAGCAGGAGCAGCAGCACAGUAAAUUAAAACCGAUGGGUGUCAAAAGAGAAACACACCGCAGAUUGGUUUUAUUAUUCUUAUUUUUGGGCAUUGGCACCUCCCCUGAUCUGGGACCCUACCUACAUGCACUUGUUGCAGCCUGGCACCAGGUUCCUAAGAAAUGCCAUUCUUCUUACCUUGUUUGAAUGUAAAGACUUUGGGAUUUUCAUGAAGCAUCCUCAGACUGAAACCAGAAUGACCAUCCUGGAAGAUUUUCAUUUUGUAGUUCAAACGGAUCUGGAAAAACAAUAAUAUCAUACCAUUCCAAGCCUGCAUACCAAAGACCUCUGAGAAAUGACAGUUUUUGGUUUGCUUGUUUAAAUGGUUCUUGGUGAGAGAGAAAAAUGGGGGAUCAGCAAAUGUACAAAACAAACCGUGUUGUUAACAACAAUGAAAACUUUUAUUACCAGCAGCAGCAGCAGCAGCAGCAGCAACAACACUUGAAUUCCCUCACACCAUUAAAUCAUAGCUAUGGAACACCGACCAUGGACUCGACUCAGGAUUCCCCCCUUUCCCCCUCAUUCCCGCAUGAUACAAAUGUUGGUUCCAAAUCUCUUGGGCUGUUGGAUUCUCCAAGGCAGGCAGGCUGGUCCCAUUUGGGUUCUGGGAACCACCUCCCAUUGAAAAACAAUCAGAACGUCAUGUGGAGUUCAGCAGCACAGAGCGAACCUAUGGACGGAUACGACCACCUGUGUUCCCAAACCAAUGAAGUCAGGUCCCAGAAAAUGCAUAAAUUGGACUCCUUUGCCCAAGCAUUUAAUAACCAGAACUUAAGAAUCCAAGUCAACAAUGUAUCUCAGAUCAUUCAGUCUUCGGGAAUGGAGAACGCUGGUGACAGUGCCCUUCGGCAACUGCUGUCUCAAAAGCCAUCUGUGGAGAUGCAGCCGGUCCAGAGAUACCAGCAGUUGCCACAGCAAAUCCAUCAAGGGUUUGCGAGUGCCCAGCAGAAGCAACAAAUGCUCUUAAUGCAGCACCAGCAGCCUCUCUAUUAUGAGAACCAGCAACAUUUAGCCCACCUACAGAUGCACUCUGCGAUGCACCAAGGCCAAGCCCACUUGCAGCAGAUGCAUUCCCAACACCUUCUGCCACAACAGCUGCAUCAGGAUCAGUACUAUCUGCAGCAGCAGUCCCCCCACCAAGGGCAGCACAGGCUCUUGAUGCAUGAGAUGCAGCAGCAGCAGCAGAGACAAUGCCCAGUGCAAACGACUCAAUAUUAUCCCACACAGCCUAUGAUGCAACAGUUACAACAGACACAACAGAUGCAAAUGCAACUUCCUCCCAGUCACAGAGAUCCUGACCAGAGAACUCUGCAUGAAACUCACCAUUAUUCCCAAGACCGGGGACACUCUGUGCAGCUUAUCCAACUGGGAUCAGUUCCUCAAUACUUCCCCCAGGAUCCACAGCAACCGUUCAGACAUUUGUAUCCACAAAAUCUAUUGCAGCAGCAGCCAGCAGGAGAUGUCGGCCAGCCAAACCACUUCCAGAAUGACAACAAGACUCAGGCAUUGAUGGACUCGCAUCUUGGACUUCCUGGGGCAGAAGGAGCUGAGCAUCCUCCACAGCAAGACAUCUCUUCUGGUAAUAACAGCAUCCCUCAUCAGCCUCUUAUAUCUCCAGCAAAUGUCAACAUGAACAACAGAGGAUCUCAGCAGUUAUCCCCAAACACAGUAUGGGCUCAGAUGCACCUCUCUGAGAGCAGACACCAAUCAGUUUCUCCUGAACAAAGUAACAGUGGUCAUGAUAAAGAAACUUACAUUGAAAGAUCUGAAGCAAAAAGCAAACUAGCCUGCUCUGUAUGCUUGAAGGAGUUUAAGAGUUUACCAGCCCUCAAUGGACACAUGAGGUCUCAUGGAGGGAUGCACGUAUCACCUAUUUUCAGACAGGAGGAAGGCAAGAUUGUGCCAGAACAACAGCAGCAGCAGCAGCAGCAAGAACAGCUGCCCUCCGAAGCGGAGAGCUUCAUGCCCAUCGUCAUGCCAGUUUCUGUCCCUGUAAAGCUUCUGUCACCCGAGGCCAACAUGCAGGCCGCUGAAGGCGGUGCCGCACUCAGAGAUAAGCCUGUCUCAGACGAUGAGAUGCCUGUCCUUGUGAGGAUGACUUACUCUCCACCACACUCCCCUAAAGCCGUCAGCCCCUGCGUGUCUUCUGAUCUCAGCGAAAAACACAAUGAGAGCACCCACAACUCUGAAAGCUUCAGGUCUUUCCAGGACAAGAAGAAACACCGCCACAGGCCCGAACCACUUUUCAUACCACCUCCUUCCUUCAACCUCAGCGUGUGUCACUCAGGUGCAACACUCUACCAAAGCCAGCUUCGCUCUCCCCGGGUUUUAGGAGACCAUCUGCUUGACAGAAUCCACGAUCCUCCUCCUUACACCCCUCCUCCCAUGCUCAGCCCCGUACGCCAAGGAUCCGGCCUCUUCAGCAGUGUUAUCGCAUCUUCUCUUGGUACAUCUCAGCCCCAGCUGCCACUCACGCCUCUGACGCCCACUCCUCGGGUACUGCUCUGUCGAUCCAAUAGCAUUGAUGGCGACAAAGUCCCAGUGAUCCCAGGACCUGGAGAACAGACCAUUGACAUAGAGCCACGCAUCAAUAUUGGAUCCAGAUUUCAGGCUGACAUCCCAGAACUUAAAGACAGAGCCUCGUUAAGGAAAGAGAAUCACAAGGCCAUCUUAGUUUGGAAACCAUGUUUGCAACUGGAAGACAAAGAUUUCCAACAAAAGGUGACCAACCUUUUGAACAUGUGUUGCUCAAGUGUAUUAACUGGUGGAGGAACUAAUCUAGAAUAUGGACUGCAUUCUCUCUUUGAGGCUAAAGGGGAUAUAAUGGUUGCUGUAGAGAUGCUUCUUUUGUUGAAACCAAGAAGAACAAAGUCACACCCUUUGGCAAAUUAUCAUUAUGCUGGUUCAGACCAGUGGACACCUGCUGAAAAAAAGCUGUUCAACAAAGCGCUCUCCACGUACAGCAAAGAUUUUAUUUUGGUACAGAAAAUGGUGAAGUCUAAGACAGUUGCACAAUGUGUGGAAUACUACUACACCUGGAAGAAAAUCCUGCAUUUAGUAAGAAAGCAUAGAACACGCCUAGCAGAAAUAAAAGACGAACAUCUGACAAGUGAAGAGGAAGAGUUAGAGGAAGAGGAGCAGGCAGAGGAAGACAGAAAAUCUGUCAAAGAAGAGGAAGUUGAAAUCCAGAUUGAUCCUCCGCCGAUUGUUGCUUCUGCACCUAUUAACCUGCCUUCUCUGCAAAGCAUCAUGCUUCCUGUCACCUCAUUUUCCUGUGAAAUGCCAGACUGUGGAGCUAUGUUCAGCUCCAGACAAGCCCUGAAUGGCCACGUCCGCAUUCAUAGUAGCACAAACCCUGCGGCAAAAUCCCGCUCUGGAGGUGGUGGUACAAAGCAGAAGCCCACCCCCCAGAACAACGACUAUUGCUCUCUCAAGAGCUCCCCAGCUCACAGUACCACAAGUGGCGAGACUGAACCACCCACGGUUUUCCCUUGCAAAGAAUGUGGCAAGAUGUUUUUCAAAAUCAAAAGUCGCAAUGCACACAUGAAAACACACCGGCAACAAGAAGAGCAGCAAAGGCAGAAAGCCCAAAAGGCUUCUGUUGCAGCGGAAAUGGCAGCCACAAUUGCAAGGACUACAGGGCCAGCGGGACAUGACUUGAUUUCACUGGAUCAUCUGGAUUUGAUAAAACAGGUUGAACAAGUUGACCUUGGUAGUGAUGUGGUUCAGGAAUUGGGCGCAGUCAUUGACGGUGCCGAAGUCAUCGACCCCGUCCUCUUACUGGAAGAAGGCGACACAGAAUUACUUCAGGAUGAUGUCGAGCUGUAAAAGCCAGAACCACGGCCUGUAAAAUUGUAGGUGCCACGUGAAAUUGGUUGCCUCCACAGAGAAGGGCUAGAUCUCAAUUUCUGUGUAUUUGCUUGUUUUCGCUAUGUGAAUAUAUGGAGUGUUUUAUCACAGAUUGGUGGGGUGGG